AUGGAGAGUGACUCGAUAUUACUUGAGUCAGCGGCGUCCACGUCCGCAGACUUUGACGCAUUCGAGUGGGUGGAAAAGGCACUGGCUGCUCACUCGGGAAGUGUUGCAUCUUUAAAAUCGCUAGUGCCACAAUUGACCUUUCGCUCGCAGACGCUGGCCCAAGCUCUUCAUACGUCGUUGCAGCAAGUAUCGCUCUCAGGUCCCACCGUACAAAUCCGUCUUCAGGAACUUCAGCAGUCUGUCACACCACUAUCUAAGCAGCUGGAUAAUGUACAUGAAGCCUGCACUUCUGGGUCUGUUUUAAGCGCGAGUUCCACUGCUACGGCACAAGAUCUGCGCCACCUUGUGACGUUACAUGAAGCGAAGUGUCGACUCCAAAGUUGUUCCCAGGCGCUCACAGAAGCUGCAAAAUGGGGUCGUAAUGUACGUGAGUGUUUUGCAGCUGUGGAAGAUCCAACGCUGCUGGUUCAUGUUUUCAAGUCCGAUAAUGACAAGCUAAAGAUUCGAAAGAUUGAAGACAACGUGGCGGAUCACUUGGCUGACCGUGUGCGAGAGAUGCAGACAAGUUUGGACGUGCUUAAAGAUCUUCCUGGUGCGUCCGACCGCAAACAAACCAUGAAUAGACUCUGUGUACAGAUUGAAGCUGCAGUGCAGCCCCGACUCGCUAUGAUUCUCGAGGAGGACGAUCUCAGCGAUGUUGCGCCGCUGCAGUGGUGUCUUGACGUCCUUGGUAGCGUUGCAAAAGCUUACCUUGUAAGAGAGGAAUUUUGUAGAGCGAGACCUGCACGUAUGCACCGAAUCUGGAAUUCUUACAGCGACAUGAUACAAUUGGAGCGUACCGAGAAAGAUGAAAACGUCAAGACAAACAAAAUGUUUGUUAAAUGGCUCGAGAAAUUCUAUGCGGACGUGCUGGGUAUGUUGCAGAAAGAGAGUCGCAACGCUCGCAAAUUUUUUGGCUCUGACAUGUUGCUCGCCACACUUGUCGACUUACUGAGCAAUACCCUCGAGCCUCUUACCGAAUCAUUUCGCGACCGCCUAGAACGUACUGGAUGUUCAGACUCGCAGCUACAACUUAGUCAAUUACUGCGUUGCUUUAAUGUGACGCGAGUAUUUGCAAGUCAGAUGGUGCAUCUGUUUAGGUCUGUGGAAAGUGAUCCUGAGCUAAAUGUAACUCAAAAUGAUGCCACGAUGUUUAAUGCUGAAGGUAUUUUACGUGUUGUAUUUGAGCCGUAUCGACUCUAUUAUACUGAGUACGCUCGCUUUGCUAGUGAGGCCCUCACUGAUGCGUUGCAGCAACUUGUGCCUGCAUUUCAUGUGGAUAAUACUGCAAAAAAGCUGAAAAAUGAAAUUGCCGAGGAAGAGGACCAAAUUACAGCAGAGUUUGUAUCGCUUGAAGAUUUUAGUCAGCGCCUUGAAGAAGCAUCAGAGGCCGUGUGGAUGGUUGUAGAUAAGAGUUUGCAGCAGUGUUACGAAUUUACAGGCGGGGCUGCAUUCCCUGAAGCAAUAGAAGCCAUCGGCACAGCUGUCCAACAAUUCACAUUGGCAUUAACUGCUAUGAUUCCUUCCAUUCGUAAACACUGCAAGGCUGAACUCAAUGUACAAGCCGGUAGUCUUACCACUGAAUCAUUUGUCGCAUCUCCAGAUUGGAGUCAGUUUCAUGCAUCUUUGGCUUUGUUGAGAGCUUGUGGCUUCUUAGAAAGUCAAGCUUGUGCACUUGACAGUCGAGUACGCGUUCGUAUGCGUGAGCAACUCGCACAGUUUUGUGGGGAACGAUCAAAUCCUUUGUCACCUCAAAGCUGCCUUCGUAAGAAAACUCAAAACAAUGCCAUUAUCGUUCUUGCCGAUCUCGUGGAUCCAACGAAACUUGUAGCAACAGUGUCAAAGAUGUGGCUCCGUAACGAGGACCCAAAUCGACAAGCGCAAUUUCACCAUUUUGAAGUUGAGUUGCUGGAUUAUCCAGCGAGACAGUCGAGCUUUGAUAUCCAAAAGUCUCGGUAUCCUUCUGCAUCGCUGCUGGACGAGGCUCAACGUGCAGUGCGGUUAUGGACUAAAGAGGCGCAACGUGUUACAUUUGACACAGUUUUCUUGCCUAUACUACGGACACUGGAGUCGCUGCCUGGUAACGAGAGUUGGCAGAAAAUGCCGCGUGCGGAUUCAGGAGAUUUACCAGUUUUUAGCAUGUUGCCUCAAGAUUAUAUAACAACUGUAGCAGACCUUUUGCUAUCUCUGCUUCCCCAGCUUGAGCCUUUUGCAAAGAGCAACGGUCUUGAAAAUGCAUUGGUGGCUUCACAUGGGGCACAAGAAACAUGCGUGGAAAAUGAGUGGAAUCGUCUUGGUCAGCUUUUAGACAUGGCGCCUCUUGAGCUCACAACAUGUCAGCGCGUUUUCCGAUCGGAUGAAAAGGAUAAUAUCCAAGAACCAUCGACGGCGAUGGAGUUUGUGGACUUAUGGACUGAGACAGUGGCAAGUGGUACUUUAGCGGCUUUAUUGCGUAUGGUCUGCUCGAUUCCAAUGUUAACAGACGUCGGUGCCCAGCAAUUAGCAGCAGAUUUGAAUUACUUUCACAAUGUAUUGAGUGCGGUAGGUGGGGAUAUCAAUUUUAUUGUAGAUGACUUGCGUCGUGCUUUGGACAUGAAUUUGUCGGUGCAUAUUCAGCACGCUGAAGAGCUGCGUGCUGAUCGUGAUGUUCCAGCGAAGCAAGCGUUGGCCAAAAUAAAUGACUGCAUCGUCGCCAUGCGCCGACAGACGCUUGAUUCGUCGCGUGGAAUAUCAUCAGCUAAUGCUUGA